UUCGGCUCUUCAACCUCAAACUUUGGGUGGGAGGCAAUAGAAGGAUGGCUGCUUCUGUCAGUGGAGGAGCCUCUAGUGCUUUCGGUAGAGUAGGGUACGUGUGGCCCUGUGGGUGACCAUAUGAAUUUCUGCUGUCGCUUACCUUGCGUAUGGGGAUCUUUGGAAAGUCAUGGGUGCACUUACAGAUUUCUUCAAGUCUUCCAUCGAUGAUUGGGUGAAAGAUACUCAAAUGAACGAACUUAUUUGAAAGUUGGGGACUUGGAACUUUUGAGAUCACCAUCCACUAUGAAAGUUUUGAUGACAUGACAGCAACGAUCUGUAUGCAGAGAAUAUACAAAUAUUGCUAGUUCUGUGAAAACGAAUCAGAGAGGAAUCUCAACGUCGCCUGUGGCGUUGCGAAGAGAGGUACGGAAUCUCUUCCACUAUUGGUUCUCAGUUUUCAGGAAUGUAAUCAUUUGUAAGGCACGACAGAAAAACAAUCAUCUUGAUUGCGACAAGGAUCAACUAUCAACGGCGUAGCAGUUGCUUCAGGUUAGUAGUGGGAACCCCCGAAUAUUCCAUCACCAGUCUAUAUAUUAAACCAACCUGAGCUCAGCUCCCUUGAAGAAUUAGAUUCAAGAGACUGAGAGAAUGAUAGGCAGCAUUGAACUGUUGUUUACCAUCUUCAUGGUGUUGGCAAUACUGGGAGGAGUUUUGGGGUAUUUGUACUGGCCCUACUGGGGAAUGAGAAGGCUACCUGGCCCACCUACUAUCCCUCUGGUAGGACACAUUCCCUUGAUGGCAAAGUAUGGUCCUGAUGUAUUCUCGGUUCUUGCCAAAGAGUAUGGCCCUAUUUUCAGGUUUCAUAUAGGUAGACAACCACUCGUAAUUGUAGCAGAUGCAGAGCUUUGUAGGGAAGUUGGAAUAAAGAAAUUCAAAGACAUUAAGAACAGAAGCAUUCCAUCUCCCCUUGCAGCUUCCCCUCUCCAUCAGAAGGGUCUCUUUUUAACCAGGGAUGCAAGAUGGGCUACGAUGCGAAACACUAUAUUGUCAAUGUAUCAACCAUCACACUUAGCCAGUCUUGUGCCUACAAUGCAGUCAUUUGUUGAAUGUGCAACUCAAAAACUUGCCUCCACAGCGGAAGUAGAAGAAGAUAUUACCUUUUCCGACAUCUCCCUUCAAUUGGCUACGGAUGUAAUAGGACAAACUGCAUUUGGUGUCAACUUUGGCCUUUCUAAACCACAAUCCAUCGGCAAGUCAAUGGAAAAGAUUGAUGGAAAAUACAACAAUGACAAUGAAGUCUCGGACUUCCUCAACCAACACAUAUAUUCCACAGCACAACUUAAGCUGGACUUUUCGGGUUCCUUAUCGAUCAUACUAGGACUACUUGUCCCCAUACUCCAGUGGCCGUUUUGGCAGAUGUUGAAGAGAAUUCCUGGCACUAUGGACAGAAAAAUCGAACGUAGUAACUGGCAUUUGACUAGCCGGCUUGAUGCGGUUGUGGAAAAGAGAAUGAAAGACAGCGGACGAGGUUCAAAAGACUUCUUGUCACUCAUACUGAAUGCAAGGGAGUCGGGGAGGGUUUCGAAAAAUAUUUUCGCACAGGAUUACAUUAGUGCACUUGCUUAUGAGCAUCUCCUUGCCGGGUCGACCACCACAGCAUUCACAUUGUCUUCAGUUGUCUACUUGGUUGCUGGACAUCCCGAAGUUGAAAAAAAGUUGCUGGCAGAGAUCGAUGGAUUUGGACAGCCAGAUCAGAUGCCAACUGCUAGUGAUCUCCAACACAACUUUCCUUAUCUUGAUCAGGUUGUUAAAGAGGCAAUGAGGUUUUACAUGGUUUCCCCAUUAGUUGCAAGAGAAACAUCUAAAGAAACUGAAAUAGGCGGCUAUCUUCUACCGAAGGGGACUUGGGUUUGGUUAGCCCUCGGAGUUUUAGCGAAAGAUCAAAAGAACUUCCCAGAGCCAGAAAAGUUCAGGCCAGAGAGGUUUGAUCCAAGUUGCAAAGAAGAGAAACAAAGGCAUCCAUAUGCCUUUUUACCGUUUGGACUCGGGCCUCGAACCUGCAUUGGUCAGAAAUUUGCCGUGCAAGAAAUAAAGCUUGCACUGAUUCACUUAUACCGGAAGUAUGUGUUCCAGCACUCUCCAUUUAUGGAGGUGCCUCUGCAGCUUGAAUAUGGCAUUGUUCUCAAGUUCAAGAAUGGCGUCAAGCUUCGAGUCAUAAAGCGGACAUGAUGCAAGAAUCAUUCUUCCACUCGCCCGAUCAGACCUUAUAAUACUUAUCACUCACUUAAGAAGGCAACUGAAAGAUUAGAUAUACAGAAUGUAUUAGCCAUCUUCGAUGUAGAUUAUGUGAUAUAAAUCUUCAAUUUGAAUCUAA